GUAUCAAGUCUAUGCGUUAUCAAGAAUAACAAACAUUGAGUUUAGUGGAAGUGAGUGGGAGUGGGAGUGGGAGUGGGAUUGGGCUAGGCCAAUCAUUUCAGGAACUCCCGCUAUACAUCGUCAACAGAUGCAAGAACUACUUUCCAAGUUAGAAGAGGUAUUGAUGUUUUUAUUCUUACGGAAAGUAACAUUUCUACAAGGUUUGGAUAUUCCUACUAUUGUUUGUGGCAUUUGCAAUUCGGAUAUUGAAGACAACACACAUGUUUUUCUUAAAGUGGUGUCGCGCCUAAGGAGAUUCAUUGAGAACUGGUGUGACAUGAGCAUUAUGGCUGACAUUGAAGUUGUUAUUCUUUGGAUUGAUACGGUUCCUUUUUCCAUUAUGAAAAUGAAGGGAUUGGAAGCUAUUGUAAUGGUAAUGUGGUCGCUUCUUUGGAAUUUUCGAAAGAACAUUCUUUUUAGUCAACAGAACAGUUACUAG